CCCACUUGUGCUAGUUCAGAAGCACGGGGCGCAGCGGACAAGCUACGUGCACCACCGCAGCAGCACUGCCCAGUGUCCAUGACUCUUCUGGUGGAGAGGAUCAAUAAAAGUGCGCUCCUGUUCUGGACGUGGAGAGACUUCACCGUGCCUGGUGGAGAAAUUCUCUUCUUGAUUCCUGCACCCCAUAUUCAAAUCUACUGCUGAGAUCAACAAAAAAGAAAUGAUAAAAUUUUUUCUUAUGGUAAACAAACAAGGUCAAACAAGGCUCUCUAGGUAUUACGAGCAUGUAGAAAUUAAUAAACGGACAAUGCUGGAAGCUGAAGUAAUCAAAAACUGUCUCUCCCGUUCAAAGGAUCAGUGCUCUUUCAUUGAGUAUAAGGACUUUAAGCUGGUAUACCGACAGUAUGCAGCCCUUUUUGUAGUCGUUGGAAUCAACGAGACAGAGAAUGAGAUGGCAGUAUAUGAACUAAUUCAUAAUUUUGUGGAAGUUUUGGACAAAUACUUCAGCAGAGUGAGUGAAUUAGAUAUCAUGUUCAAUUUGGACAGGGUGCACAUCAUUUUGGAUGAAAUGGUGCUAAACGGCUGCAUCGUGGAAACAAACAGGAACAGAAUUCUUGCCCCUCUGUUUGUGCUCGACAAAGUGGCAGAAAGCUAGGAAGACGCAAGACUGACUGCAGCGUUUUACAGAAGAUGGUGAAACCAUCAAGGGCGUACCGACAGCACCCUUCUGAUGUCGUAAGACUGACUCACGCAAUAUUCAAAUUGGUUGGAAAAUACUUCCCGUUUCUCCUCUACCCUCCGUACCUAAUGGAAAGAUACAGCUACACGUGAAGUGGGUACACAUGAACCUUCAAUUUCAGAUGCAGCUUUAUUGACACAGCAGAAAUCUUUCUAGAACAGUCAACAUUUUUUAAAACUGAUGGGGAUAAAGUAAUGGAAACUUACACGUGACCAUCUAGGUAUCACUUUGAAUUACGUAGCAUUUUGCCAGACCCAAGAGAAGACAGAAAAUAUGGAAAUACAAAUGCAAACUGAGUUCCAAUGCUUCCUUUAAGCACCAACUUUUUUCUUUUCACACAAUGUACUGUAAAUUAAAGCUCUAACUUUUAUGACCGCUUUUAAACUAGAUUCGGCUUUCACCAAAAAGCUGGUUUCACUCCCUUUUCCAUGUAAGUCAUGGUUACAAAAGCAAUGUAAAUAACAGAAGUAUAGAUUUACUUAGUAUUCCUGCAUACUCUGUAAGUUGUAACUAGAAGUAUUUAGCACUUAAAUAUUACAACAUUAAUAAAAGAUAAUUAAAAGUUUGAUCAUCUUUUAUCAUGUUGGCUUCAUGAAUUACACAAAAUCUUCUCUAUUUUGGCACACCCGUGUAUUUUUUUUUUCCUCUUGUAUGUUCUAUCCACACAUCGUGAUUAAAACAUUCACGGAAGAUGAGUAACAAGAGAUACGCAGGUUUCUCAGUACCAGCUAGGUACCAAAUCAAAUCUUCCCUCUGGAGUAGGAGGAUGUAGCUACCUACGCUAACUUGUGUUCACAGGCGUACAACAUGCCGAUUCAGACCUCCGUACUACGCUGUAAGUCACUGAAGAGUCAGCAACCUGAGCUUACGUUCACUUACCUUUCUAGAACUGAGGUGCCCGGCUCCUUCUUCAUAACCUCCACACCAACACUAGGCAUAACUUGGUACUGAAAGAGCAUAUACUGUGUGAGCUUUAUGUGUGAACGCACGCUAACAGUCGCAUCUAAAUUGCGCUUGGAAGCCAGGGUCUAAGGAGCAGAGAGUGAAGUGGUGUGGGGGAGAAUUGUCCACAUAGCUUUAACGUGACAACACGUUCAGCAAAACAAGUCGACAUUGCAUCUGGAGCUUGUACACAAGGUUUAUGCAACCGUUUUGCUGAAGCACAAUAGUCACAGGAGCUGGGGGUGGUGGAGGUUCCCCUUCAAUUUUGCGUUGGGGAAAAUUUCAAAGAAGAUGCCUGUAAAGUCCUGUGAAUAAUGCUAUGAAACCUGGCAUCAACCUGAUGUGUCUGUAUGAGGCAGAAUCUUUUGGCAAGCCCUCCCUCAGCAGCGGUCCAAGCAGAGGUUGUUACCAAAGAGAACUGGCACAGAACAAAACUUACCACGCAGAUUCAACUAAAAUAGUAAUUUUCCUUUUCUGGUACCAAGUACUUAAAUAUCUUUAAAGACGUAUUAGCAUCUUGCUUUAUCUUACUGUAAGCCACUUUUUGCCAAUAAAUACCUCACCACAUGCUGAAACCAAGACAGGCCCUCCAUCUCAAGUGAUGCAGCUGAUUCAGCUUUAUCUGACCCGGUUUUUAUCCCAAUGUAAUGAAGAACUAUAACCUCAGGUCACGCGGGCCCACUGAAGAGCACCAAAACCUGCCACAUGCAGUGUUAGCACUGCCAGACCAGUUCUUGAAAAGCCUUACUGUGUACUUAUGAAAAGAUUUGAGCAGAGAGGUGAGUUCGUGAGAUCAAUUAUUGCCACGUAGUUCUUUUAAACCUUGAAAAAAGUAUGGCAGAUUGUUCAGAACAUGUAUGGAGAUUUAAUAACGUAAGAAGAUUAAUGAAGUAUUCAGAGGAGACAGUUUGAUAUGUUGCAAACAUUUUAAUGAUUACUCUUGAGCUUACACAUUGGGUGUUUUUUUUUUAAACUUCAAACUGCAACAAGUUAAAUAAAUGUUUAUAAUAUACAAAGAAAAUACAACCAAAAGUAAAACUUGCUUUAAGUGUGCCUUGCACUAGGAACCAGUGUUUUUUAAUAGCUUUAUUGUUGAGCUGCACAAACACACUUAAGGAUUUGAUCUUUAUAGCAGGGCAUUUGAGAAAUCAAAAUAUAUUCCCACUUGAAAGAAAAAAGAAAGAAAAAAAAGGUUGUGCAUGAUUAUAUGCAAAAACCCACUAAAAUACUCCAAUAGUGCAGGCACCAUUAAAAAAGAAAAAGCUGGAGAUGCCCAUUAACUCUAAGUUUUAAGGAAGCAAAAGUUUCUGACCAGUUAGCUUAAAGCCAGCAAAACAGGGAUCAGUGAUGGCAACUGUAGUGUACAAGGUAUUAAAUGACAAACUUUACACAAAUACACUGUUAGAAAUUUGUAUCGGUGAACACUGAAAAUCUGAUGAUCUGUUCUUUGGAACAGACAAACAGAACCACCUUAAUUUCCAGUUGUGCAAGCCCUUGAAGCAUCACACAGUGUUCUGUGCCAAUUUCUUGCUGGCUGUGUAGUUACAAGGAUUUAUUUUGUCAUUAGCAGCUAACAAACUUAUUCCACACGUUCCUAAAGCCUCACAGGUGAAAAAAAAGGCAAGUCUCAUCAGAGCACAGCGUGGAGAUCAUAUUUUUUGCACACAAACACAAGAGGCUUCGCUAGUAUC